AUGGCCAAUAUGUUUUGGUAUGGUACACAACAUAGGGGAACGGUAGAAAAUAUCAAUGCUAUUGAUGAUAAUUAUAUUUCAAAAUGGAGAAUCCGUGCUCACAAACCUCUGAAGCCACAUGGAGCCAUAAUCCCGUACCUUCAUCAAUCUGGGUUCUACCAUAUUUCUACAAUAGGGUCAACACAUAUCGAUUCAAGGUUAGUUAUAGCCUUACUAGAACGGUGGAGACCCGAAACUCAUACAUUUCAUCUUCCAAAUGGUGAAUGCACAAUUACGUUGGAAGAUGUGAGUAUGUUACUGGGUCUGCCUGUUGAUGGAAAAGCGGUAAAUGGUCAAUCUGAGCUGGGUGAUGGUGCAUGGAGUUCUAUUUUAGGGGAUGAACCGCCACAAAGUGAUAAAGGAAUGACGGCGAGGUUGACAUGGCUUAAAGACAUGUACCAACAUGAACCACCAACCGAGGAGUCACCCGAGGAGUAUAAAAUUAAACAUGCUCGUAUUUAUAUUUUACUCCUUAUCGGGCAAGUUUUGUUUCCCAACAAAAGCGGAAACACUAUACACUCAAAAUGGACACAAUUUGUUGUUGAUUUAGAAGAUUGUGGAAAAUUUAGUUGGGGUUCCGCCGUUUUAGCGAAUCUAUAUAGGGAAAUGUGCAAGGCGGUAGACGUAAAAGUAACGGAGCUGUCAGGAUGCGUUUUACUUCUUCAAGCUUGGGCUUUCACACGCAUGCCUAUAAUAUCUCCGGUGGCUCCGCUUCAAUCUCCAUAUCCAUACGCAAGAAGAUGGUUGAUCAAGAAACUUGACUACCAAAACAACCCGCGCCACCAUCUUCAAGGAUACCGAUUCAGGAUUGAUCACAUGCUUGAAGAUCAGUUUAUUUGGAGGCCGUAUCUUGGAUUAGCGCCCCAAAGGCACGAGAACAGCUUGAUAUGGAGUUCAACUACGUAUAUGAUAUGCUUUCAUAUUGUAGAAAUGCAUCAAGCUGAUAGGGUCAAACUACAAUUUGGCCAUUUACAAGGAUACCUGAAGAAGCUCGAUGCUUGGCUGAACACCAUAAAAUGA